UCAUCCCCAAGAACUCAAACCUAAAAAUCUACCAUGGCCAGCCCUAGUUUCCCAGCUAAGGACUUCCUUGGACACCCUAAUCCUUACAAUAAUUACGAUCAUCCACUAAUGUCUCCUCCGGUACCGUCAACCGGUUUCGAUUUUUCCGAUUAUCUGGUUACUGAAGCUGGUUCAGAGGAAGAUUCAUCAACUGCCAACAACAUCGGCGGCGCCACCGCUGGGUUUCACUUUCAGAAUCCAAUUCUCCCGGAAAACUUUAGUUUUCAUUCGAUCGGAAACAGUGGAAAUGUAACCGCAAGUAGUAGUGACCUGCAAAUGAUAGCUACCCAAACAUGUAAGAGUGGAGUGAAGAGAAUUAAAGAGGAGAUGGAUUUCAGGAUUGCAUUUAGAACGAAAUCUGAGCUUGAAAUCAUGGAUGAUGGAUUCAGAUGGAGGAAGUAUGGGAAGAAAUCAGUUAAGAGCAGUCCAAACCCAAGGAAUUACUACAAGUGCACAAAUGGAGGAUGCCAAGUGAAGAAGAGAGUGGAGAGGGAUAGAGAUGAUUCAAGCUAUGUGAUAACUAGCUACGAGGGUAUCCACAAUCAUGAAAGCCCUUGUGUGGUUUAUUAUGAACAAAUUCCUCUCAUGGUUCCUAGUGGCUGGACCUUGCAGGCUUCACAUUCAUCUUCUUGAA